AUGUCCAAAAGAUUACCUUCACUCUCUGUUGAUUCCUCCAGAGUUGUGCAAUUCGUUCAUUACGGUACACUCAAUUGUGUUAUCUAGGCCAGGCACUUGCGGAAAUGGGAAUGGGAUUUAAGGCUCUUCAACAAUAUGAUUAUGCGUUGGAACUUAACCCCAAGAGUCCUAUUGUUUUUCAUCAAAAAGGUUAUAUCAAUAUUACAUCCUAUAGGAUUGUUGUACUUCCAAAAAGAACAAUACAUUCACGCCUUGCAUUGCUAUGAAUAAGCCUUGCUCCAAGCCAAUCAACCCAAUAUCUAUUUUGAUAAAGGUAAUGCUCAUUUGGCCUUGAACCAAAUAGAUAAGGCCAUAGAAUGCUACAACAUAGCCUAAUAGUAUUUCAAUGAUCGGAAGGAAGUCUAUUAUCAAUUAGGAAUUGCUCAUUAUUAGAAAAAUAGUAUUGUAACAGCCCUGAAAAAUCUCAUUCAGGCUAUCAAGUUAGAUCCCAAGUAUAUACUCGCCAUCCAAAAACUAGGAGAUAUUUACUAUGAUCUUAAAAUGUAUAAGAAGGCCUUAAAAACCUAUGACAAAAUUUUAAGAAUUGAUGGUCUCUACCAUAAAGCCAUUUAUAGUAAAGGCUUGAUAUUUUUUGAAAUUAAUGAAAAGGAAAAAGCAAUGGUUUGCUUUGAAAAAUGCAUUCUCUUGUAACCAAAUAAUUCUAUGCCUUACUUUAAUAAAGGAGUCAUACUCUUAUAAAACCAUGAAUUCAGAGAAGCCUAAAAAAACUUUAAGUUGUCUCUCAAAAGGAAUCCUUCAAAUUACUAAGCCAAAUUUAACUUGGGUUUAUCGUAUUAAAAAUUAGGAAUUUUCGAUAAAGCUUUAUUGCAGUACAGCAAAUGCCAACCAACUCACGAGGUGCUAUUCAAUUCGGGUUUAAUACAGUAAUAGUUUAAAUUAUAUUACAAAUCUCUAGAUUUGUUGAAAAAAGCAAUAAAAUUGAAAUAAGACAAACUUGAAUAUUGGUAUCAUUUGGGAAUCAAUUAUUACUUUAUAGAUAACAUUACGGAGACUGCAAAUUGCUUUGAAAAAGUUGUUGCUCUAGGAGGCUUAUGGAUUAUUGAGGACAAUAACAUUUCUCACCCUGCUGUAAUUUAAUAUCGAUAGCAAUUUAUAAAAAAACCAACAGCCUAUAUCAACUUUUAUCAUUAAGGCCGUAUUUAUUGUUUAUUGCACCAAUUUCACUCAGCAAUCAAAUCAUUUUAAAAAAGCAGUGAAUUGAACUGCACAUUUCUCUAAUCUAAAUUAGAAUUAGCUAAAGUGUAUGAGAGCUUGAAAUAGUACAAAGAAUCUAUCCUAAUCUAUAAAGCAAUUAAUAAUUAAUAAUCUUAUCAAUAAUUGAGUUUACUCCUAUCCCAUUUGCAAUUGCAUAACGGUGCGAUCUACACAUUGAAUAAGAUUUUAGAGACCGAUCCAAAGAAUGUGGAAGCACUAUACAACAAAGGACUAUCACUGUCUUAAUUACAUCAAUUUGUGCCUGCUUUAUAAUGCUUUGAAGAUAUACUCCGUAUUUAACCUAGGUACAUAGAGGCUAUUUUUUAAAAAGCCAUCACUUUAAAACAAUUAAAUGAAAAUGAGAAAGCUCAUUCUUAAUUUAAAAAGAUACUAACCUUCACUCCUGAAAAUGAACUAAUUCACCUUUUGUAAGGUCAUACAUAUUUCCAACUUCAGCAGUACAAUGAGGCUCGAUCUGCUUACGAGAAGGCCAUAGAAAUAAAUAAUUCCUUUAAUGAAGCCUACUUUGGAUUAGGGUUUAUUCAUUAUACGACAAAAGAAUACCAAUUAUCUAUUAAAGUUUAUAAACAAUACUUAAUGCAAUGUCCCAAAUCUAAAUAGUUCUUAUUGGCUCUUGCAAAUUCUUUCCAUAAACUAGGUAAACAUAAAACAGCUCUAAAGAAAUUGGAUGAAAUCUUGAUACAAGAUAAAUAUUCAUCUGAGGCUAUCAAUUGUAGAGCCAUCAUUUAUUAUGAUCUUAAAAAUUUCAAGUAGUCCUUUAUAAAUUUUUACAAGGCUAUCCAUUAUAAACCAAGAUAGAAUGAAUUACUUAAAUUUGUAUAUAAUUCCUGA